GUUUGGCUUGCUCAGAACUCGUCACAACAUCGAAGUUGAUAAAAGACAUAGUUAUCGUAGAUAGUGAUAUGGCAGCACUUGGUGAUGUUCGAAUUACACCAAUUCUUGUUACGUCACUGCAACGAGAACUUCUUCAACUUCCACUGUAAAUAGCGCCAUCACUUCUGAGUUCUUUUUCUAUCUUCGUCGUUCGGUUCAUCAGUUGCCACCGUAUCACCCAUAUCGUCCACAUGUCUGAUCAGAAGCAAAAUGUCGAAUUUCCAUGGCAUUUGGGGGUCUAUGACGCCCAUUGCCAUCCCACCGAUACCAUGUCGUCCAUUGCAUCCAUCCCACAAAUGAAAGCGACGACCUUGACAGUCAUGGCCACUCGCGGAGAGGACCAGGACUUAGUGCUCGAAACUGCUCUAUCCUUGAGCAAGGAUGAAAACACCUCGCAAGGCACAAGGCCGGGACUUGUGCUGCCAUGCUUUGGUUGGCAUCCAUGGUUCUCGCACCAGAUCAUCGACGAUAUGACAGAAUCUUCCGAUCAAAAGGAUCUCUCGCUCAGUGAUAGGAAGACACAACACUACAAGAAAGCCCUUACGCCGGCACCUGAAGAUGCUUUUAUCGCAUCCUUACCGAACCCCAAGCCGCUUUCGCAGCUUAUCGCAGAAACUCGUUCUCGAUUGCAAACCUGUCCCAACUCCCUUGUGGGUGAAGUGGGCCUAGAUCGCGCGUUUCGACUACCUAACGCAUGGACGCCAGAUGACCAGGAGAAGCGGGACGAGCAAGUGACGCCCGGUUCGCGCGAAGGCAGGACUCUCUCCCCCCAUCGAGUUCAGCUGAGCCACCAGAAGGUCGUUCUCGAAGCACAGCUGCGUCUGGCCGGGGAGCUAGGGCGACCGGUCUCUGUGCACAGUGUUCAAGCACAUGGGGCAGUUUUCGAUUUGUUUAAGAAACUUUGGUCUGGCCACGAAAAGCAACAGGUAUCGCGCCGACAGAAGCGUCGUCAGCAGGAGGAAUCGGAUAUGAAUGCGGAGAGCGAUGCUGAAGACGACCAGGAGCAGAAGGAAGCAUCCAAAACCAAAAAACAGCCACUACCGUUCCCGCCACGGAUUUGCAUGCAUUCUUAUUCGGGACCUGUGGACCCAUUGAAGCAAUUUCUACACCCGUCUAAUCCAUCCGACGUCUACUUCUCCUUUUCCGCAGUUAUCAACUUCAGCAACCCUUCGUCUCAGAAGGUGAUCGAUGUUAUCAAGAGUUUACCUGAUGAUCGAAUUCUGAUUGAAAGCGAUUUGCACACCGCUGGACCGCAGAUGGACGACUUGUUGGAGCAGAUCAGCCGCCAAAUUUGCGAGCUUCGUGGUUUGUCCUUGGAACAAGGUGUUCAGCAGUUCGCAGACAACUGGAAACGUUUUGUCUACGGUUAGAACCCUUCAGAGGCUAAAGAAUGUACAGUACAUAGGUGGAGCGAGACCAUUAUUGAACAUACUGAUUGAAUUGUUUCCACUCUGUGUCUUGGGUAUUUGUUGUUUCAAUGGUCUUAUUCCCUUUCGUCAGAUGAAGCAUUUGUUAAGCGCAGGAUCGACCUGAUAAGGCUCGGUUCGAGCUGACCAGUCAC